AUACACAGAUAGGAGGUUUGAAGUGUCAGGUUACCUGGACUUUAGUUUUGUUUUGUCAGCAGGGCUUGGUCAUUAAAAAGCAGCUGCUUCUAAAUCUGUGUGGCAUCGAAAUACAACGCUAUACACCAGAACUCUUUAUCACAGUCUUGGGAUUUUGAAGAGGGGCAAGUCAGGCAUCCUUCAAGCCAGAUUCAGUUACCCUACUGUAGAAAGAAAAGGGGAGGGAGUGGGGAAAAGAAAGAGACAGUCAGAACAGGUUUCAAACCAGAGGUGUUGAUCAGUCGGAGGAAGAGGACGGAGGCUACUGGGAACUGCAAGUUUUGAGGGAACUGAGCCUCCAGGUGGGGAGGGCAUAGUUCAUAUUGUGUCCUGAGGCAGAUCCAGUUAACCAGGAACGAGAACAACAUCAUGUGGACACUUGCUCUGCUACCUGAGGGGAGCUCCACACCUUUGAAUCCCAGGCAAGCAGUUCCACAACCAGGCCGCCACAGAAGACCCAUGACGGCUCCUAAGCCCCAAAAAGACAAGUCGUCUAAAAGGAAGAGAGUGUUGCUGACAGUUGUAAUAGUAGUGGUGAUACUGGGCAUACUGGUCACCGCAGGCUACUUCAUUAAGGUCCUGAUCGACAGCAAAUACUUCUUCUGCAAACGCUCAGUGAAGUUUAUCCCUUUAAACAAAGCCUGUGAUGGAAAUAUUGACUGUAUUGGAGGAGAAGAUGAAAGUACUUGUGUGUCAGACUUUACAGUCAAUACAACAUUCCCAGUUCGCCUAACUACAGACCAAUUUGUCCUGCAAGUAUACAGCUCUGGCUCGGGUUGGCGGAGUGUGUGCAGCGACGACUGGACUGAACAGCACACACAGACAGCUUGCAACCAACUGGGAUACACAAAUAAACCCCAGAGCACCCAGGUCAGAGUGGACACUUUAAUAUCUUCUCUGAAAACUGGACCAUUCACAGCUGUCAUGCCUGGGACCACGACGACACCCAUACAUCAGGCUACCAUUGACAGCAACAAGUGCAGAUCUGGAUCUGUGGUCUCUUUGACUUGUUCAGACUGUGGACAUAUGGGCAAUGAAAUCCGUAUUGUUGGGGGCACCAGUGCUUUAAUUAAGGACUGGCCCUGGCAAGUUAGCCUGCAGCAAGGUGGCCAACAUACAUGUGGAGGCUCACUGGUGUCACCACGAUGGGUCGUUACUGCUGCCCACUGCUUUGCUGGCACUAAAAAGGAGCUGAGUCGUUGGAAAGUGGUGUCUGGACAGACAUACAUGAGCACAUUAGGAGGUUCUUACGUGGACAAGAUCAUCUUGAAUGGAAACUACAAUCCAGAACUAAAUGACUAUGACAUAGCACUUAUGAGGCUCAGCAGCCCGAUCACUGUGGGAGAAAAUCGAAAACCUGUUUGUUUACCUCCUAACAUGUUUGGGAUUGAUGCUGGAGCAUCAAUGGUUGUAACAGGCUGGGGAUACUUGGAAGAGAAUGGUAAGGUUUCUCCUUCGCUUCAGAAGGCCAACAUCCCUCUAUUAAAUCAGAGUAUAUGUACAAGACCCUCAGUCUAUGGUGGUUUUAUAACACCAAGAAUGAUUUGUGCUGGUUACUUGGAGGGGAAAGUGGAUGCUUGCCAGGGGGAUAGUGGGGGCCCUUUGGUGUACUUCUCUUCCUCUCGGUGGAAUCUGGUAGGAGUGGUGAGCUGGGGUGUUGGCUGUGCACGAGAGAACAGGCCCGGCGUCUACUGCAACGUGGAAGAGAUGCUCAACUGGAUUUAUACAGUUAUUGAGAAAAAUCCUUGAUGACAUCCACUGUAAAAGUAAACCACUACAAGACUCCAGUCUACUCUACCUCAGACAGACUGUGAAACUGAAAGAAAGCUUUUGUUUUGAUGUAGCUGCAUGAAAAAGGGAGAAGGACUUUGAGGGGAAAAAAAAAGUUGAAAAUGCAUCUCACCUGCAAAAUAGAUGAGCUGUCCAACAGCCAAAUGCAGAAAUGCUGCACAUAGACAUAUUUCAUACAAACUUAUUUCAGGUGUUGUUUGAACUAUUUCUGAUUCUUAUCUCAGGGGACAAGUAUAUUUAUAUCACUGACCAGUUUAACAGUUAUGGCAGAACACCCGAACACACAUGUUUUUAGUUUUUACAGUGCUGUCUUUCCACAGAUCCAAGUCACUCAUUGAUUGAGUUCUUGAAAGAAGAACAAUAUCAAGUUAGGACAGAAUGUAUGAUCUGUGAUAUAGACAUGAGCAGAGCAAAAAACUUAAUUUGGACUUUGCCAGUCUGGUAGAUAUAAUGUGCUUGAUUCUGAGUUCUAUGUGGGCUCUGACUUUAGGUGAGGGUUAUAUACUAAACUGCAAUGGAAAGAAAUGUGAAUGUGUCAUCAGUAGAGUUGUGAAAUGUGAUUCAUAUCACCAAUUUUAUGCAAGUGACGCCCACUCAGGAGUUCCACACAUUUCUGGUGCUGAUGUUCUUGAUGUGGUGUCUUCCUGUACCUACGGGUAAUCGCAACUCUCUGCAGCAUGAACGCUAUUCUUGCUUUUUAACACCGAAAGAUUCACAUGAGCACUUUAAGUGGAAAGUGAGUUACUUUAGUCAGCUCUAAGCACAUUCAUGUAACUCAUCAAAUGCACUGAUAUAUAUAUAAAAAAAGAAAAAAGAAAAAACAAUUGUUGCAUGUUUAUAAUGCCUGAUAUUGAAUUGCUGUGUAAUAAUUUGACAGACUACUCAUACUAUGGUCACAUUAAAAGUGCUGGUCACUGAAUGUUUACCUUCUUUGUUCAAAGGAUAUAUAUUUAAUUUAUCCAAAACAUUGAAUUUUCAGCAAUUAAUUUGCCAUAAUUUUGCAUUUUGCCAAUAUGUUUAAUUAUAAAAAUCCUCAUUUCACCUAAAACAAAAUGCAACUCCAUGCACAGGUUUACCCUUCUCUUCGCCUUAAAAACUUUAAAUGAGUACAAAUUAGCUUCUUAAACUAAAACAAACUGUUGUCUUAUGCUGAAUUUUUUAGUUAUAGUUAAUUGUUACAGGUGUAUUGCAUGUCUAAAGAUUUUAAUAAUGUAUGAGUGUCAUGGUGGCUAUAAAUUGCAUAUGUGGUUAAUUUUUAUGUCUGUAAAUAGUUUGUAAAUGUAAUAAUAAUAAUAAAAACUUUCCCUUGGGGAACAAUAGCUUUGUUAAAAAACGUGAUAUUCUUUGGAAAUGAAUAUACUGGCACUGGAUCUUUCUCUGUUGCAUUCACACACCCUCUGACCCAAAAGUUAACAAUAGAGCAGGGUCGAGCUUUACGUAAAACAUUAUAUAAAUUCUGAA